UACAUACCGGGCUCCAGCUUCAUCACGCCUUGAGGAUGGCUGCUGUUCCAGGUCUGAUUUUGUUGGCCAGCGUCUGCCACUAUGCAUCCAGUCAGAUGCCCGACGGAAGAGGCAGAGACCUUUCGCCAGAGAUGCUGUCGGAGAUGAAGGGAACAAACCAAGUUCUGAGAGAAAUCACAGAACUGCUGAACCAGCAGAUCAAGGAGAUCACAUUCUUGAAGAACACAGUGAUGGAAUGCGAUGCUUGCGGCAUAGGCACGGGAGCGACGGGCCCUGGGAUCAGCGUGGCACCUCUUAACCACUGCUACCCAAAUCCUUGCUUCCCUGGGGUCACCUGCACAAACAUGCCCACUGGCUUCCGCUGCGGGACCUGCCCUCUCGGCUACACCGGCAAUGGGAGCCACUGCACCGACGUUAACGAGUGCACAGCAAACCCCUGCUUUUCCAGAGUCCAGUGUGUCAACACAUCCCCCGGUUUCCACUGUGGCCCCUGCCCUCCCGGCUACACUGGGUCAGCGCUUGAAGGAGUCGGUUUAGCCUUCGCCAGGGCUAACAAGCAGGUCUGCAACGACAUCAACGAAUGCGAGGCAGGGAUGGCCAACUCCUGCGUUCCCAAUUCCAUUUGCAUUAACACUCGGGGCUCCUAUAAAUGCGGAGCAUGCAAGGCCGGCUUCGUAGGAAACCAAGCGUCUGGCUGUCGCAGCAAGGCUGAGAGACGGUGUCCCAAUGGAGAACUUAGUCCGUGCCAUGAGAAAGCGGAGUGCAUUGUUGAGCGCGACGGGACACUCACCUGCGUGUGCAUCGUCGGGUGGGCUGGAAACGGCUACAUCUGCGGCAGGGACACGGACAUAGACGGCUUCCCCGAUGAGAAGCUCCGCUGCUCUGACAAAAAGUGCCGCAAGGAUAAUUGCGUGAGCAUCCCCAACUCUGGGCAGGAAGACGCUGACAGAGAUGGCAUCGGUGAUGCCUGCGACGACGACGCUGAUGGUGACGGCAUAAUAAACACUGAGGACAACUGCGUGUUCGUGCGCAACGCAGACCAGCGCAACGUGGACCAGGACAACUUUGGUGAUGCCUGUGACAACUGCCGCAACGUGAAGAACAACGACCAGCGUGACAGUGACAAGGACGGGCAGGGGGACCUGUGCGACGACGACAUGGACGGAGACAGGGUUACAAACAACAGGGACAACUGCGUCAGGAUUCCCAACCCGGACCAGAAGGACAGCGACGGCGACGGCGUCGGAGACGUGUGCGACAGCUGCCCCUUGGUCAGGAACCCAGACCAGAAAGACACUGACCACGACCUCAUCGGUGACCUGUGUGACACCAACCAAGACCAAGAUGGCGAUGGGCACCAGGACUCCAGGGACAACUGCCCAACUGUGCCCAACAGCUCCCAGGUGGACUCUGACGGGGAUGGACUUGGCGACGAAUGCGAUGAGGACGACGAUAAUGAUGGCAUCCCGGAUCAGAGGCCCCCCGGCCCUGACAACUGCCGCCUGGUCCCUAAUCCCGGGCAGGAAGAUGCAGACAGAGACGGCAUCGGGGAUGCCUGCAAGGGCGACUUUGACCAGGACCAGGUGAUUGACCGCAUCGACGUCUGCCCCGAGAACGCCCAGGUGAAGCUGACCGACUUCCGGCAGUACCAGACGGUGGUGCUGGACCCUGAGGGCGAUGCGCAGAUUGACCCCAACUGGAUCGUCCUCAACCAGGGAAUGGAAAUUGUUCAGACCAUGAACAGUGACCCCGGCUUGGCUGUCGGGUAUACCGCAUUCAACGGGGUGGACUUUGAGGGCACCUUCCACGUGAACACGGCCACAGACGACGACUACGCGGGGUUCAUCUUCGGCUACCAGGACAGUGCCAGCUUCUACGUGGUCAUGUGGAAACAGAUGGAACAAACCUACUGGCAGGCGAACCCCUUCAGAGCGGUGGCGGAGCCUGGGAUUCAGCUCAAGACGGUGAAGUCAAAGACUGGGCCCGGGGAAUUCCUCCGCAACUCCCUCUGGCACACAGGGGACACCGCAGACCAGGUCAAGCUGCUGUGGAAAGACCCCCGCAACGUCGGCUGGAAAGACAAGACCUCCUACCGCUGGUUCUUGCAGCACCGCCCCCAGGUGGGCUAUAUCCGAGCUCGCUUCUAUGAGGGGUCUGAGCUGGUGGCAGACACAGGCGUGGUCCUUGACACAACGAUGCGCGGUGGCCGCCUUGGCGUCUUCUGCUUCUCUCAGGAGAACAUCAUCUGGGCAAAUCUGCGGUACCGCUGCAAUGACACUAUUCCCGAGGACUACGAGUCUUACCGCAGCCAGCAAGACUAAGUGCCACCGCCCCCGCCUCGAAAGGAUACUCAGCGCACUGCUUUUCACAAUAUAUCAAACGACAAACUGCACCACAAUGCCUCGCAGCGGCUGCCUUUGGGGCAGCCUUCCCCAACCUCUCCAGUAACUGUCCUCCGAAGCCUCCUUGGAAUCACUCGCUGGCUCUGGGCAGAGAUGCGCUGAAGCUUGGAAAACGUGCCCCGUUUCCAGUCAUUCCAGAGGAGGCGCUUGAGAACACGGAGAAGGAAAAGCCAAGUCAAAAACAAGGAAAUAAGUAGCCAAAGACUCCAGCAAGACCAAAGGGCUCGCCUACAGAGGGAGGCUGUUUCCUUCCAUCCUGCCUCUACUGGGGGUGGUGGUUUUUUUGCAUCAGGCCUGAUGUCAAGAUGCAACAGGAAGGGGGGCCUAGCCCUCCUCUCUUUCACUCUCAAAGAAAGAAUGAACUGUGCCUCCAAUUUUGACUACUGAGUUAAUUAUGUCUGGCCCACUCAAGAACCCAUCAGUGUCCUGCAAAAAAAAGAAAAGAGCACUGCCUUUUGCAAGCAGAAAGCCCCCAGCAUCUCGAGUUAAAAAUGAGCAGGGAGCAGGUAAUAUGAAAGAGCUUCUCUGCCCAAGGUUCUGGAGAGCUCCUGCCAGUCAGAGCACAACGGCCAUACGGCAGGCUUCCUAUGCUAACACAGGGCCUUACACCUAGUCGCACGUUAAUUCCUCCAGCUAAGGAAUUAAAACGCUCACCUUCUUGGGGGGACAGACACAAAGAAAACCCUUUUUUUAAAAACAAAAUGUAUAGAAAAUUUGGAGAAUUAAAUCACUUUGCCUACUG